GCCGGAUUGUCCCUGGGUUGGCCGCGACUUCCCGGCUCUCCAGCCCCCGAGGGAUGCGCGGGCCCGUCGCUGGCUGCGCUGGAUAUAAAAGGGAGCUCCGGGACGCGCACCCGGCACUCGGCUCUGGCUCUCGGCGAUGUGGGGUGGCUCCCGCGCCGUCUGGAAGAGGAGGUUCAGCUGCUAUGGUCCCUGGGAGUCGGCCGAGAGCUGCAUCGUGCGCACCUCCGCCAGCGUCUACCGCCGGCUGCAGGAGAGCCCGCGGCAGCCCCCGCGGGGCAUGAGCACCCGGGGACCCCCCCCGCCGCCACCGCAGCCCCCCAGCAGCCCCUCGGCCGGCAGGAGGUUCCUCAAGUUUGAGUCCGAGGAUUCCGGGGUGGAGAUGGCCAGCAACGAGCACUCGCCCUCCACCCCGCUGGGCUCUGAGAGCAGCUUCUCCCUGGACGGUUUUCCGGCGGAGAAGCCCCCCGGAGAAGAGCCCCCCCGGAGCCGCUCGGCCAGCAGGAGGCUGCUGCAGGCAGCGCAGAGGAGCAGGAGGCAGCGCUGCCCUCGACAGCUCAGCAGGCGCAGCGCCAGCAUUGCCGACCUGGCAGAGCCACCGCGGGACCCCGGGGAGCCCCAAGGGGCGGCAGGGGGGGCUCGGCAGUCCGGCAGCCCUCGGGACCCCCGGGCCCAGCCCGGGGCCGCGGUGUCGGGGCAGGGGCUGCGCUACCUGGAGCACGUGUGCCAGAUGCUGGAGCGCCUGGCGAGGCUGCAGCAGGACAACCACGCCCUCCGGCAGCAGGCGGCCGGAGCCCGGAGUGCCCGCCCGGCCACCCUGCCCACCCGGCAGUCUCCGAGGCAGGAUUUGGGCACGUGGAGGGGUGAGGAGUUCCGGCCGCGCUCCUGCUCGGACAGCCAGGCACCAGCCGAGCCCGGGCCGUGCCGGAGGAUGUGGGGACACUCGCUCAGCUCCCCCAGCCUGCUGGACCCCUCCGAGGGCGGGGCGCGAGUCCCGGCACCGGACAAGGACGGGCGCUCGCACUGGGGCCGGGUGAAGGUGCUGCUCACCCGCCUGACCCGCCGCUCCCUGCGGGGCGGCCGCUGCAGUUUGGGGGAUAGAGGAGGGGUGGAUGCCAUUUUGGUGCUGCUGGAGCUCUGCGCGGGACGGGCCGGUGCCGCAGCGGUGAAUCCCGCAGCGCCUCCCGAGCCCUCCCGGCACCGCUCCCAGCCCGACGCCCCGGAGGCAUCCUCGGAGCUGCAGCAUCCUGCAUCCCACCGCUCCUUCCCGGGAAACGUGACACCCAAGACCCUCCGCGUCGCCCCUGCAGUGGCGGCCGGGCGGCGGCAGAGGGCGACAGCGGCCCGGCGGUGA